AUGUCAAGGGCUCCAAUACUCAUCAAGGAUCUGGUCAAGGGAAACCAAGUGUGGAAGAUGCACAUCAGGGUUGUUGACUUGUGGGUUGUGAAGGAGAAAAAUGGCCAACAACACCUUGAAUUGUCACAGAAUUCGCAGGUUAAGGAGAACGAAACUUAUUUCCUUUAUAAUGGAGAACCACUUGUGAAUGAUGGACCUUUUAAGAUGUCAUUUGGGGUUUUACAAGAUGUUGUUAAGACCCAAAUGGGAGGUGGUGGUAAGAAGUCUUACGUCAAUAUCACUCUACGUGACUUUGAAGGCAAUGUUAUCGAGGUUGUGUUAUGGGAUGAUUAUGACAAGAAAUUCAUCAACUACAAUGCCCCUACCAAAAUCAUUGGUCCUACUAUUAUCAUCUUGACACACGCAUGGUGCAAGCCAAAUACAGGUUUACCAUGUCUUUCUAACGCGUGGAACGGCUCUCAACUUUACAUUAACUUGGACCAUCCACAAGUGAACUUUUCUCUUGCAGAGCUAUUGUUAUUCCCCGGUGAAGCAUACACUUGCUUUCCCAAUAAAAUGGGUUCUCCUCCCAAAACAGAUUGA